AUGGCUAAUAAAGAGAAACUUCCCGAAGAAGACAUUAACCUUCCAUACUAUCAUGGAGCUCUUAUGAAUCAAGACGCGGAUCAACUACUUGUGAACGAUGGUGACUACAUGAUUGUAAUGAAAAUGAAUCCGGAAAUCAACAAAAUGCAACUUUUUCUGGCAGUUUGUCUCAAAAAAGGCAUUCGUCGUUUUGAGAUCAAACGAACUCCGACCACUGCGAAAUUUGCUAAUAAAAGUGCUCCGAAUAUUGGAAAAUUAGUUGACUCGUUGAAAAGUGAUAUUGUGGAUGUGAAAGGGGAAAGGGUGAUUCUGAAGCGAGCGAUUCCGAAGGGCAAGUUUCAACUGAUGCAUAAGGAUGUUGAUUUCAAAAAGAAGCUCGGAAGUGGUGCUUAUGGUACCGUUUACCGUGGUCGUCUUACCAAGUCUAACCAGAAAAUCGCGGUGAAAAAAUUGGAUACAGAAGGAAACGACGAAGAAAUGUUAGCUGAAAUGAUGAAGGAGGCAAGAGUAAUGCAGUUGUACGAUCAUCCGAAUAUUGUAAAAUUCUACGGAUACAUUCUGGACGAUAUUCCAUACUUGUUAGUUUUGGAGUACUGUAAUGGUGGAUCGGUAGAGGAUAGACUUGUUGAAAGAGGAGCCAAAUUGACUACGCAGACAAGAAUCACUUAUACGUAUCAUGCUGCAUGUGGAAUUGACUAUUUGCAUAAGAAGAAGUGUAUCCAUCGUGACAUUGCUGCAAGAAACUGCUUGAUUCACAAAGAAAUCGUCAAAAUCGCCGAUUUUGGAAUGUGUCGAAACACCUCGGUUUACAAAGUGGAUCUGAACAAACCCACAAAUAUCCGCUGGCUGGCUCCAGAAGUUUGGGAGAUUGGAGAAACAAGAGCUAAUACAGAUAUUUAUGCGUUCGCUGUUAUGAUGUGGGAGUUCUUUGAGAUUCCUUACGAUACGCCGUACAGCGCAUGGAAGGGAUACGUUGUCAAGCAAAAGACACGCGGCGGCUACCGUCUUCCAACUCCGAAAGGCAUGCCACCAGAGAUGGAGAAAAUAAUGCAAGAAUGUUGGCAUGUGGAUCCGAGUCAGCGUCCAACGGCAACCGAAUUAAAGGAAAAACUAGAAGAAGCGAUUGCUAAAGGAGAGAGCUCAGCCACGACCGGACUGGAGAAGAGCAAAAGCCAGACAAGCACGAAACAGCAGAACUGA